AUGGCUAGAGUUGAUUUUAACCUUUCACCUACUAACAAUGAACUCCAUUCUUUUGAUUUGAAUAUCAUUCCAGGAAUUAGUGAAGAUAAUGAUUCUGAAUAUGGAGGUCUGAGAAACGAAGGUGCCUCUGUUUUUGCGGCGGAGGAACCAAAUCCCGAAAGUGAAGAUCUAGAUGUAAAUGUUGAAGAAGACCAUGAUACGGAAGACCCUUUUGUUGGAGAAGAAGGUCAAAACGAGAAUGGAGGCAAUCCAAAUCAAUUCAAUGGAGAUCAAGGCUCUACAAGUAAAAAAAACUGCACUAAUCGUCAAAGAUGGGAAGUAUAUAUCGCUUUGCUUGGAAGGAGUGUUAGAGGGAAAUUAGGUAAAACAGCUAUUAAAGAAGUAGCAACUUUACAUUCUAUGCAUAUUAGAACGGUUCAGCGAAUUUGGAAACGAGCUAAGGAUACUCCACCUGGUGCAAUGGUUGAUGUUUCUCAAAGAAGGAAGAACAGAUGUGGUCGCAAAAGGAUGCAGAUAGACCUCCAACGUGUUUUGGACACUCCUCUACAUAAGAGGACAACUCUGAGAACGAUGGCUGAAGCUAUAGGAAUUAGUCACUCAACUCUGUAUAAGAAUGUGAAAGAAGGUUUAAUGAGGCGGCAUUCUAAUGCUCUCAAACCACAUCUGAAAGAAGAGAACAAAGUGGCAAGGCUAAGAUUUUGUAUGACUAUGUUGGACCCUGCAAGUUUGAGUCAUGAACCACAUUUUAUUGAUAUGUACAACAUUGUACAUAUUGAUGAAAAGUGGUUCUAUAUGACCAAGAGAACCGAGAACUAUUACCUCCUACCUGAAGAAGAUGAUCCUUUAAGGACAUGUCAAAGCAAGAAUUUUAUUGGGAAAGUCAUGGUGCUGGUUGCAAUGGCUAGGCCAAGGUUCAAUGCUGAAGGAGUUGAAACUUUCUCUGGAAAGAUAGGUGUGUUUCCUUUCGUCACAGUUCAGCCAGCACAAAGGAGGAGUAGAAAUAGAGAAGCUGGAACACUGGAGAUCAAACCAGUUACCUCAGUCAAGAGAGAGCAUGUAAGAAAAAUGUUGCUGGAAGAUGUUAUACCUAAGAUUCGUGAGAAGUGGCCUCUUGAAGAUGAUGGAAAAAUAAUCUACAUUCAACAGGAUAAUGCUAGAACUCAUGUGGCUCCUACUGAUACAGAUUUUCAAGAACAGGCUUCGCAGAACGGAUUUGAUAUCAGACUGAUGUGUCAACCUCCUAAUUCACCGGAUAUGAAUGUUUUGGACCUUGGUUUCUUUAGUGCAAUACAAGCACUACAACAUAAGGUUUGUCCUAAAAGCAUUGAACAGCUUAUAGAUGCAGUCAAAACAGCUUUUGAAGAGUAUCCAGCUAGGAAGAUAAACCACAUCUUCUUAACUUUGCAACUCUGCAUGCAAGAGACAAUGAGGAUUGGAGGAUCUAAUAAUUACAAGAUUCCACACAUAAAGAAAGAAGCCCUGGAACGUGAGGGUCUGCUUCCGAGACAAAUCAAAUGUGAUCUUACCAUUGUAAACAAUGUGUUAAAUCAAUUAAGAGAUUAA